AUGCCGUGGUGUCCUCGAGUGCUGCUGCGUGACAGCGCUGGCCGCUUCCGUACUGGCCUUGAAUUUUCCACUUCUGGUACGCUGUCAGCAACACCUGUGUGGUCAAACUUUUAUUCACAGACUCCUGGAGCUGAAUGUGGAAUAAAUGCAGAAGUAGAAAAACAGCUUGAAAUGGGAAAAAAGUUAUUGGCUGCUGGACAGCUGGCAGAUGCUUUGUCUCACUUCCAUGCGGCUAUAGAGGGAGACUCUGAUAACUACAUUGCUUAUUACAGAAGAGCCACAGUGUACUUAGCCAUGGGCAAAUCUAAAGCAGCAAUUCGUGAUUUAAGUAAAGUGGUUGAAUUAAAGCAGGACUUCACAUCAGCAAGAUUACAGAGAGGACACUUACUGCUCAAGCAAGGAAAAUUUGAUGAAGCAGAGGAUGACUUUAAAAAUGUGCUCAAGUCCAAUCCUAGCAAUAACGAGGAAAAAGAAGCUCAGACUCAGCUGACAAAAUCUGAUGAGCUACAGCGCCUGCAUUCACAAGUGGUAUCUGCCUACCAGCAGGAGGAUUACGAAACUGCUAUUUCUCUUCUUGAUGAAAUCUUAGCAGUUUGUGUUUGGGAUGCAGAGCUACGGGAACUUCGAGCCGAGUGUUACAUAAAGGAAGGGGAACCAGGCAAAGCCAUUAGUGACUUGAAAGCUGCUGCCAAAUUAAAGAACGAUAACACUGAAGCCUUCUAUAAAAUCAGCAGAAUAUAUUAUCAGCUGGGGGACCAUGAAUUAUCACUCAGUGAAGUCCGGGAGUGUCUGAAACUGGACCAAGACCAUAAACAAUGCUUCUCCCUCUAUAAGCAAGUGAAGAAACUCAAUAAGCAGAUUGAGUCAGCAGAGGAAUUCAUCAGAGAAGGCAGGUACGAAGAUGCUAUCAAUAAAUAUGAUUCUGUAAUGAAAACUGAGCCAGAAGUUCCAAUUUAUGCUACUCGUGCCAAAGAAAGGAUCUGCCACUGUUUAUCAAAGAAUCAGCAAGCUCCAGAAGCCAUAAAAGUUUGUACAGAAGUUCUGCAGCUGGAACCAAACAACGUGAAUGCCCUGAAAGACAGAGCAGAAGCUUAUUUGCUAGAAGACCUGUAUGAGGAAGCCAUUAAAGACUAUGAGACUGCUCAAGCCAAUAGUGAAAAUGACCAGCAGAUUCGGGAGGGGCUAGAACGUGCCCAGAGGAUGCUGAAGCAAUCACAGAAGAGGGAUUACUAUAAAAUCUUAGGAGUAAAAAGAAAUGCUCGAAAGCAAGAGAUCAUAAAAGCCUACAGAAAGCUGGCGUCCCAGUGGCACCCAGAUAACUUCCAGACUGAGGAAGAAAAGAAGAAAGCAGAGAAGAAAUUCAUUGAUAUAGCAGCUGCUAAAGAAGUCCUCACUGACCCAGAAAUGAGGCGGAAGUUCGACGCAGGAGAGGACCCGCUGGAUGCCGAGAGUCAGCAGGGCGGAGGCAACCCUUUCCACAGGAACUGGAACACGUGGCAAGGAUUCAACCCCUUUGGUUCCGGAGGAGGACCGUUCACAUUCAAAUUUCACUUCAGUUAGAGCCAAGACUGCUGCUGGCUGCUGCUGUUUUUUACUUAAUUCGUUGAAAAAUAAAAAGUCUCUCGGUUCAAGACCC